UCCUGCCUUUGUGAUUGCAUUCCAUCGCCUACACUCUCUUAUCAAAACGUUUGUUUAAUAAAUGUAAUUCGUUUUGAGUUCUAGACGGAUAUUUUCUUCACACCUCAUGAUUUUGUAGCCUCUACUUGUGAGAGGGUAAACGUUACUCACACUGGCAUAAUUUCCAGAGGACUGUUUUUACUGAUACGCAGGAAGAAAAGUUUUGUGUAGCUCGAGAGCUAACGUUUGUGUUUAGUUACCUUUAUUUCAUCAAACACAUGAAUUAAUUGUAACGUAAGGAGUUUAAUGUAUGAGUUUAUUGAAUGAAUAUUAGUUUAUCGUAAAUGUUGUCAAUCGUGUUGUGUCAUUAACUUACUGAACGUAACUAGAGUUCAAGGCACAGCCAGUAACGCUAACUGCUGAGGUUGCGACAGGAGCAGAUAGCGAGCUAACUACCAGUCAUGGCAGACUCGAGCAACAACCACCCGAAGACCCUCAAUUUUAAUGUGGGGGUACUUGGGCAUGUCGACAGCGGGAAGACGUCGCUUGCCAGGGCGCUCAGCAGCACAGCGUCCACGGCUGCCUUUGACAAGAACCCCCAGUCUCGAGAGAGAGGCAUCACCCUGGAUCUCGGCUUCUCCUCCUUCAACGUGGACCUCCCCGAGCAGCUGCGGGAGGACUCCGGGGGACACGGCUUCGAGAACCUGCAGUUCACGCUGGUGGACUGUCCUGGACACGCGUCCCUCAUUCGCACCAUCAUUGGGGGGGCUCAAAUCAUAGACUUGAUGAUGCUGGUGGUAGACGUGGUGAAGGGGAUCCAGACCCAGACAGCAGAGUGUCUGCUGAUAGGAGAGCUGACCUGCCCCCGCAUGGUGGUCAUUCUCAACAAGACUGACCUGCUGCCGCCCAACAAGAGACAGACCGCCAUCGACAAGAUGACCAAGAGACUGCACAAGACACUGGAGAACACCAGAUUUAAAGACUGUCCUGUGAUUGCCUUGUCAGCAAAGCCUGGGGGUCCUGAGGCCCCUGAAACAGAGGAGCCCCAUGGAGUGCCUGAGUUAAUAGAGUUGUUGAAGAGCCAGACGUACCUCCCUCACAGAGAUCCGGGGGGAGCUCUGCUGAUGGCAGUGGACCACUGCUUCUCCAUCCGUGGUCAGGGCACAGUCAUGACCGGAACCAUCCUACAGGGGGCGCUGGCUGUCAAUGACACUGUGGAGAUCCCUGCGCUCAAGGUGACCAAGAAAGUGAAGUCAGUUCAGAUGUUCCGGCGGCCGGUGGCCGGGGCCAUGCAGGGUGACCGGGUGGGCGUGUGUGUGACCCAGUUUGACCCUAAACUGCUUGAACGGGGGGUGGUGUGUACCCCUGGUUCCCUACACACCCUCCACGCAGCCAUCAUCUCUGUCAGAAAGAUUGGCUACUUCAAGGGCUCCCUGGCCACCCGUGCCAAGUUCCACAUCACCGUGGGACAUGAGACUGUCAUGGCCAGGGUCACCUUCUUCGGUCUGCCCCCUGGAGAGACCCACCAGACCUCCACCACGGACCCCCAGCUACCCACCUCAGACCCCCACGCCUCUGAGCCAGACCUUAGACCCCUGGACACACCCUUCUCUUUUGACCGGGAGUACUUCCACCAGGAUGAGUAUGUGAUUGGCCAACGGGAGGCCGGCGGGGCGGGACAAGACCCGGAGCAGUGGGCGCUGCUGGAGUUUGAGCAUCCGGUCACAUGUCCCACUCUCUGCCUGGUGAUUGGCUCCAAGCUGGAUACAGACAUUCACGCCAACGUGUGCCGACUGGCGUUCCAGGGGCGUCUGCUGGAGGGUUUUGAGGAGAAGAGCUACUCUGAGACUACACUACUCAGACUACGUAUCUACAAGACCAAACACAAGGAGGGACAGGUGGAGAGGGUGACAGACGACUACACUGUGAUUGGCCGAAAUCUCUUCAAGAAGGAGACCAACCUGCAGUUGUUUGUGGGGUUAAAGGUCACGCUGUCGACCGGCGAGGAGGGGGUCAUCGAGGGCGGCUUCGGACAGAGUGGGAAGUUUAAGAUCCGGGUGCCAGAGGGUCUCAGUCUAGAGACUAAGCAGCUCCUCUCCUCCUCUGCCAAGAAGAGAGUUAAGGGUGGUGCUAAGGGGGAACCAGCCAAAGAGGAUGAUGCCAAGACAGACUCUCAGCCAAUCUGCAUCAACCUCCGAUUCAAGAGAUACGUCUUUGACCCCCACAAGAAGAUGGUUCAGAGCUGACCUCUGCAGCAGCUAUAGGAUGAUACUUGUGAUGUCGUGUAAAAAAAAAAAAAGUUGCUUAAAAGCUGAUCUCCGUUCAUGGGGAAAGUAUUGCUCAAUAUAUUUUCAAUGCAUUUUUCUGCGAUCGUCGCAGCCGUCUAAGGCACUGCAUCUCAGUGCAAGAAGCAUCCGGACGUGAUUGGGAGUCCCAUCGGGCGGCUCACAAUUGGCCCAGCGUCGUCAGAAUUUGGCCGGGGUAGGCUGUCAUUGUAAAUAAGAAUUAGUUCUUAACUGACUUGCCUAGUUAAAUAAAGGUUCAAUUUUAAAAAAUAAAUAAAAAUGUAAACAAAAAA